AUGAUACUUCUCAAGCCGUACAAAGAACUGUCGGUGAUCGGGGUGGUUCCAAAAACUGAGGACGUUAGUGAAGAGUACGUGUGUUCCUCCAGUUGCGUUGACAUGGAGGACGAAGAAGCUCCAUUGGAUCUCAGGGUGAACUGUACCGGAAGGGUCAGUCCGGCUAGAGAUUCCGGAACCGAAAGUGAUGACACUGAGGAGAAGCUGAUGCUGCAGGAAUGUGGAGAUAUUAAGCCAUUCAAGAAAAGCCUCAUCAAGAGAUGUAAGUGA